AUGCAGAAGGCCGCGAUAGUCGCCGUCGCACUCUGCCUGUCUGCCGCGUUGGCAGCGCCGCCCUCCUUUUCCGCCCCUAGGAGAAGCGUGGGCGGCGGUCAGGGGCGCAUCGUAGGCGGCCACGACGUCGAUAUCUCCGAGUACCCAUGGCAGGUGUCGGUGCGCUACUCGUGGUGGCACAACUGCGGUGGCUCCGUCAUCAGCGACACCUGGGUGCUGACCGCGGCCCACUGCCUCGACGGAUUCCCGCUGUUCGGCCUGUCGGUGCGCGCCGGGUCCUCCACGAGGGGCAGUGGCGGCACCAUCUACAAGGCGGCCGCUAAGCACUUCCACUCCAGCUUCAGCUGGGUCACCAUAGACUACGACAUCGGCCUCAUGCAGACCAAGGACACGAUUGAGUUUGGUACCAACGUCCAGCCAGUGGCGCUGGCGACGUCGGAGCCGCCGGUCGGUAGCCAGGUGGACGUGACAGGUUGGGGCGCCCUCAAAGAGGACGGGCAGAGCGCGUGGCAGUUGCAGGCCGUCACCACCACCAUCGUGUCGCGCGAGGACUGCAACGCCGCCUACACCACGGAGAUCACUGAGCGCAUGAUCUGCGCCGGCGAGCCCGAGGGCGGCAAGGACGCCUGCCAGGGCGACAGCGGCGGGCCCCUGGUGGCCGGCAACACGCAGUACGGCAUCGUCUCCUUUGGUUCCGGGUGCGCCGACGCUCGCUACCCUGGCGUCUACUCCAACGUUGCCUACCUGCGCUCCUGGAUAACCGAGACCAGUGGCGUUUAACGUGGCACGCCGGAGCUGUUGUAACAAUCUGUGUGUUUCUGUGUAUGUAAAA